CAUUUAAAGGGGACGCGGCGGCUGCCCGGAGGGAUGGGGGGCAGGUGGAGGGGGCGGCCCAGACGCACAUCAUCCACGGGCCCUCGGGACUGGAGGGACUCGUGAGCCGGAGCCCAGAAAUCCGGGGGUGGAUAAGACACCGCGUCCCCUCCAAUUCCCGUAAGCACCCUUUGCCCCAUCCUGCGCCCAAAUACCUCAGCUAGCCCCUCUCCCCCAUUCUUUACACUCCAAACUAAGCCGGGACAGACCUCUACCGCUGCCGCUCCCCACCCAUCUGGAGAAGCUCCUAGAUCCUGUCCCCCUUUUCUCUGAGGGACUCUUUUUGGUGACCACAAAAGGAUUUGGUCACUUAGGACAAAGCUGCCAGAGGAGCUCUGGACGACGGCUGGAGGCCGACAGAGUCCCUACAGGUGGUGCCCAGGGUGAUGCAGUGACAAUGAGCGGGUGUUUUCCAGUUGCUGGCCUCCGAUGCCUGUCUAGGGUAUGUCGUGGCCUGGCUCGGGAAGCUCCUACCUCCCCAAGCCCCACUGCUUCUGCUGCCCGCUGCCUUCGGACUCUGGCAGAAACCCCACCCGCUGACGUGUUCCUCCCAGGGAACUGGUCUUGGAUGUGCCAGCGCCUCUGGCCGUGGGCCGCUAACCAGCCUCUCCCGGGCCGGCCCGCGCCGCGCCCCCUCUCGCUUGCUCCCUCCUCCUCCUCCUCCUCCUCCUCCUCCUCCCUCCCCUGCUCCCAGGACGGCGGGAUGGCCGCGCAGGGCGCGCCGCGCUUCCUCCUGACCUUUGAUUUCGACGAGACGAUAGUGGACGAAAACAGCGACGACUCGAUCGUGCGCGCCGCGCCGGGCCAGCGGCUGCCCGAGAGCCUGCGGGCCACCUACCGCGAGGGCUUCUACAACGAGUACAUGCAGCGCGUCUUCCAGUACCUGGGCGAGCAGGGCGUGCGGCCCCGGGACCUGCGCGCCAUCUACGAGGCCAUCCCCCUGUCGCCCGGCAUGAGCGACCUGCUGCAGUUCGUGGCCAAGCAGGGCUCCUGCUUCGAGGUGAUCCUCAUCUCGGACGCCAACACCUUCGGCGUGGAGAGCGCGCUGCGCGCCGCGGGCCACCAAGGCCUGUUCCGCCGCAUCCUCAGCAACCCGUCGGGGCCCGAUGCGCGGGGGCUGCUGGCGCUGCGGCCCUUCCACACGCACAGCUGCGCGCGCUGCCCCGCCAACAUGUGCAAGCACAAGGUGCUCAGCGACUACCUGCGCGAGCGGGCCCACGACGGCGUGCACUUCGAGCGCCUCUUCUACGUGGGCGACGGCGCCAACGACUUCUGCCCCAUGGGGCUGCUGGCGGGCGGCGACGUGGCCUUCCCGCGCCGCGGCUACCCCAUGCACCGCCUUAUCCAGGAGGCGCAGAAGGCCGAGCCCAGCUCGUUCCGCGCCAGCGUGGUGCCCUGGGAAACGGCCACCGACGUGCGCCUCCAUCUGCAACAGGUGCUGAAGACGUGCUGAGGACGGCGGCCUGCAGGGGGCGCCCGGGCGGAGGAGGGGCGGGGUGGGGGGAGAGCGGGAAAGACAAACCUAGUUUUAUUACUCCCUUUUCCCUUUGGCUUCGGUAUGUCCCUCCGGGAAUUUCGGGGAUUCCGGGCUCGUCCCCCCGGGGGCUGGGGGAGGGAGUUCGGAGCCGUCCCUAUCUAUGCAGUUAACCCAGCGCGGCUGCCUGCCCCCUUUGCACUGCAACGUUUCGUUCUGGAGUCUGGCCCCACCGAGGGGGUGCGCAUACCCGGGAAGGCAGCGGUGUUUCCAAAAUCCUUGUCCUCCGAACUGGGAGGAAGGGGUUCCCUGGCAGGGGAGAAAGGAACAUCUCCCGCUGCUUUAACUGCUCCCUUGAGCUGCGGAACCUUCCCAACCCCCUUUCUUCUGUUAAGGGAACUCCGUCCCGAAAGCCUCCAGGUCGCGCCGGAAUCCCAGCCGAGAGAGAUGAGGCUCUCCACCGACGGCCUCAGGCCUAGGUCUUGCUUUACCUACCGCGUCUCCACACUACACCCUUUUUCUUCUUGCCUCCCUUCCCGCACUCCACCCCACCGCCCACCCCACCCCCCCGCCAGCAUCCCCAAAGUGGGGGGGAAAAAAGCCGGAGGGAACAGUCGCCUCCUGGUGGUGGAACGAGGUAGCACACGGUCCGGCUGGGGUCCAUCCAGCCCGGGACCUCGCAGCGCGCGACGGUGUCUCCUCUCACCCCAGCCUCGUCUAUGCAGCAAGAGACCAGGGACUUUACCAAAGUCGCCCCGCGGGCUGGGCACUCUGCGCCCCCUCCUCCCGUAUGGAACAGAAAGCCAUGAUGUUUUAAAGCAGAGCCAGCGAAAGCCAAGCCCCUCCCUCUUUGGUGUUUCAGAGCUAUAAAGGAGGUGAAGGGGGGAA